AUGGAAUACGUUCUAAAAGUAAGUAGUAAACAAGAAUUGCUUGGAAAAGUGGUAUUUGUAGAUGAGCACUUAGGUGCCCGUGCAGACCCUUUCAUGCUCGAAAUAUUCAGAGAGUUUCCGCAGCACCAGCUGAUCUCCUACCACCGGAUGCUGUCAGAGUACAGCACAAAAAAGGGAAUUUCACUGUUGGAAACAAAUGCAGCAUCGAUAGAAGUGGAGCCAGAGACAGAAGUGCUCAUCAUAGACGGAUGGAAGCACAGAAGCAACACAAUUUCAAAGAAUGAAGUGACAAUAGUAGACCAGAAGAACAAAGAAAUAGGACAGAUAGAGAGAAAAAAUAAAAUCAUUUUUAUUAUCAACAGAUCAAUCACACAAACAGACUACAGAGAAAUAUACAAGGCAUACGUGCUAGUGAGAUUGCAGCCACUGGCCAUAUCUACAAUGCACACACACAGCACAGCUAUAACCAUCAGAGAAAAAGACAUAGAAGUGCGCUUACUACACCACCACACCUCUCCACACAAGUACACCGUACACCAGUGA